AUGUCUGGCAGCGGCUCACCCCCGACCCUGACUCCCGGAGAGGAGCCGGUGCGCUACGUGUCCAUCUCCAACUCCAGCACCUCCCAACUGCCCCCUCUGUCCGAGUGGGAGACGCCCACCUUCACCCGGGCGGCCCAGUUCCGCGUGGGUGCCACCCUGGUCCUCUUCCUGUUCGCCGCCGUCAGCAACCUGGCGCUGCUGGUCAGCGUGGCGCGCGGGCGCGGCCGGCGUCUGGCCUCGCACCUGCGCCCGCUCAUCAUGAGCCUGGCGGCGGCCGACCUCAUGAUGACCUUCGUGGUGAUGCCGCUGGACAUGGCGUGGAACGUGACGGUGCAGUGGCACGCGGGCGACGCCAUGUGCAAGCUGCUCUGCUUCCUCAAGCUCUUCGCCAUGCAGGCCUCGGCCUUCAUCCUGGUGGUCAUCAGCCUGGACCGCCACCACGCCAUCCUGCACCCGCUGGACUCGCUCAACGCCCACCGGCGCAACAGGAGGAUGCUGGGGCUGGCCUGGGGCCUCAGCCUGCUGCUGGCCUCUCCACAGCUGUUCAUCUUCCGAGCCAUCAAGGCCGAGAAGGUGGACUUCACCCAGUGUGUGACACAUGGCAGUUUCCAGGAGCGAUGGCAAGAGACCGUCUAUAACAUGUUCCACUUUGUCACACUCUAUGUCAUACCCCUCUUGGUCAUGAGCUUCUGCUACACCCGCAUCCUCAUCGAGAUCAAUCAGCAGCUCCACAGAAACAAAGGAGGCGAGUCAUGCCUGAGACGCAGUGGGACGGACAUGAUCCCCAAGGCCAGGAUGAAGACGCUGAAAAUGACCAUCAUCAUCGUCAUGUCGUUUGUGGUGUGCUGGACGCCCUACUACCUGCUGGGCAUCUGGUACUGGUUCCAGCCCAAGAUGCUGCAGGACAUCCCCGAGUACGUCCACCACGCUCUCUUCGUCUUCGGGAACCUCAACACCUGCUGCGACCCGAUCAUCUACGGCCUGUACACACCCUCCUUCCGCGCCGACCUGGCCAGGUGUCUGCGCUGCUGCUGCCGUCGACGUCCCGACGCCUCUCCUCACUCGCUGGACCGCCUGUCCGCCCGACAAGGGCCCCACAGCGGGGAGCAGGAGUCGGACGUGCCCAGUGUGAAAUGCCGGGAGUAG